GUUGCUUUGACCCGGAAGUUACAGACAAUUCGUAGCUUUUUACGCACAUGGGAAGUAGAUUGCACGCUGGCAAGAUGGAUACACACGACCUGUUUAGGAGGCUUGGGGCUGGAACGAAAUUUAAUUAUCAAAGAUUUGGAAAAGAUGCCGAAAGAUUUAAGGUGCUGAGACUACAACAGAAGAAAGGCUCUACUGAUCCGCUAACAGCAAUAGACUUUUUUAGUUCGGGAAGUCAUGAUAUUGUGAAUGAUGAGGAUGACGAGAAGGACUUGGAAUUGGAGCAGGAGUCUAAAUCUGUCAAAAGGAAAUUGAAAGAUGAAGGGAAAACUUCGAAUUCAUCUCAGAAGAAGAAGAAAAAAGAGAAAGCCUCUGUAAUGACAGAGGAUGAGGCAAUACAAUGGAUUUCCUCGUCAGAAAAGAAGCCUAUUGAUCUAAAAGAUGCCAAAGAUCAGCUGUCUGUGAAGAGACUUAAGCAGCUCCACCAAGAGAAGGUAAAUCAGAUCCGAGGCCAGAACAAGAUCCAUGUGCAUGGGACAGACAUUCCAGAUCCAGUCUGUACCUUUAAUGAGCUGCAGAAUGAAUAUCAGCUAGAUUCAAAAGUUCUUCAGAACAUUUGCACAGCAGGCUACGAAAGCCCAACAGCUAUUCAAAUGCAGGCCAUUCCUGUCAUGAUGCACAAACGGGAGAUCCUUGCAUGUGCUCCAACCGGCUCAGGGAAGACGGUGGCUUUCUGUUUACCUGUCAUCACGAACCUACGCAAGCCAGUCAACAAGGGCUUCAGGGCCCUGGUGAUGUCCCCCACACGUGAGCUGGCCCAUCAGACUUACAAGGAGCUCCUCAGCCUUGUGGAUGGAACAGGUCUCAGAGUGCACAUCAUCAAGAAGAAGGACACAGUCAAAAAACAAGGACCUAAAUCCAAAAAAGUAUUCGACAUACUGGUAAGCACGCCCAACCGUCUCAUCUACCUGCUGAAUCAGGACCCGCCAGCUUUAGACCUCAGCACGGUGGAAUGGCUGGUAGUGGACGAGUCAGACAAGCUGUUUGAGGAUGGCAAAACGGGCUUCAGGGAGCAGCUGGCAGCCAUUUUCCAAGCGUGCUCCUCGCCAGCCCUCCGCAGGGCGUUCUUCAGUGCCACCUGUGCCCCGGAUGUUGAAAAAUGGUGCAAGCUCAACCUGGACAAUCUUGUUGUGGUCAACAUCGGAGCCAGGAACUCUGCCGCAGAGACAGUAGAGCAGGAGCUCCUGUUUGUAGGGGCUGAGAACGGGAAGCUGCUCGCGUUCAGAAACCUGAUCAGGAAGGGCCUCAAUCCCCCGGUGCUAGUAUUUGUGCAGUCCAUCGACCGCGCCCGGGAGCUCUUCCACGAGCUGGUCUACGAAGGCAUCAACGUGGACGUCAUCCACGCCAACCGGACCCAGCAGCAACGGGAAAAUGUGGUGAAGAAUUUCAGAUUAGGGAAGAUCUGGGUGCUGAUCUGCACCGCACUUCUAGCCAGAGGCAUCGACUUCAAAGGGGUCAACCUGGUGGUCAACUAUGACUUCCCAACCACUGCCAUCGAGUACAUCCACCGCGUCGGCCGCACCGGGAGAGCGGGCCACAAGGGUAAGGCCAUCACAUUUUUCACGGAGGACGACAAGCCCCUUAUUCGCACGAUCGCUACAGUCAUCAAACAGGCAGGGUGUCCCGUGCCUGACUACAUGACGGGGUUCAGGAAACUGGAGACUAAACAGAGACGGCAGCUCGCGAAUGCCCCUCCCAAGAGACAAUCUAUCCGCACAACCCCACAGUUCGUCACCCAGAAGGGCAAAGGCAAAGGCAGAAAAAGAAAGAGGAAAGCGGGCAAGAAAGUUGAGGCCGCAGUUGCACCCAAGGAUGGGGUGACAUCACAAGAGACCACUGAUAACGGAAAUGUUGUCGAGAGCCUUGCUUUAGAGCCCUGAAGUUCUGCGUUGAGAUAUCAGAAAUGUCUUUUCAUUACCCUUUGACAAUUCAGAAUCUGGCCCACAUUUGACCAUAGUUGAGUUCAUAUUUCUGACAUUCAGUUUGCCAAACUUUAUUCCUUUAUUCCUGGAUGGUACACAGGGUGUAAUGUGCCAUGCUUUAUUAUGCCGCUAUAUGUCUGUGACUACUGCACCCACUAAGUGAAAAUAAAUCAAAGGUGAAAUUUGGAUGUUAAAAUGACCUGUUAACUAUGACAACAUGCAGGUUCUAUUUUGAAUAUGUAGGCCUAACGUAUAAUAAACUUUCUAAAAUACUAAAA